AUGCCAGCGUUCUAUGCUCGUCGUGUCGCGACCUCAAUACAAAAGAACGAGAGCAUCAGACGUGCAGAGCUACGACAGCAGGCACAUGAUGAACCUAUCAAAGCGCACGCCUUGAUGCAAAGAGAGAUCCAUCUCAGAGUCGCAAAGCUUCCCGCCGAACUAAGGAGUAAUAUCUACGACCAAUUGGUGUAUGGUGCUUUUGUCACGAAGCAGCAAGGCGUGACAUACCUCAGUCUGGACUACACAACCGGCAAAGUGACAGAAUCUGAAGUGGAUCCGGCCUUCUACAUCUUCGCUCCAGGCGCUUUGAGCUCUCGGAACUUCGACAUGUUCAAGCAACCACUCAGCGAGACCUCGGAGCUCUUCCACGAAUACUUCGCCACGGUGUCAAAGGUCUUUGUCUGGAGCUUCACUUCAGCAAGCUCAUUACGGUGCUUCACUUCGUGGCUACGGCCGUAUCUUCGCAAGCGGCCUAAUCCACCUGCUGUUCGAGUUGCGAUCUUUGCCUUUGACGACAGCUCUUCCAUGGUCAAACGCAGCUACGGUCAUCAGGGUUACUUCAGUCAUCUGGCUUUCUGGUAUCCUAUGGAAUCCCCUCACGGAUGCUUGGUGCGUGCAGAAUCACACUUCCAGGAAUGGACGGACGCUAUGCAACUUGUGCCAGACAUCGUUGAUAUGGAAUACGUCGCGUGUUACCCCUGGGGGGACUAUGAAUCUCUUCGAAAGCUGUCAGCUCCUUUGUGUGGAAGAGGUAAUCUAAGAGUGGCCGUGGAGAAGAAAGGUUGGAAGGACGUCACCAGUUACCGAGAGCUUCACCUGGCUCUUACCAUUGCAGCUGUUGCGGGCAGUACCAUACCACGUCCUUCAGAUUUUCAUGAGCUGGAUCUCCGAGUUCCUUAUGGAUAUGGAUGUAGAGGAAUUGAGUCGUCGUUCUCGAAUUGA